CCGUCGAUUCAGCUACUCCUUACAUAAAGAAACGAAACCCAAACCCUCCUAACUCGGUCUUCUCUGUAACCCAUCGAUGUAAUCCGCAGCUAACGAUUCAAACUCAACCCGGUAUUGGUAAGCUUCUUUCUUUCUUGAACCCAUUUUCUAUUUCCCCCUAUUAAGGUUACUUUCUUUAUGCUGCUGCCUGUUUCCAUUUAGAUUUUUCAAGAAACAAAAAAAAAAAAAACAUACCCUUUAGCGUGUUCUGUAGUUCAGCUGUUGUUGAUUUUGGAAUUGGAUAUUGGGUUUCUGUGUUUGGGCUGUUUAAAUGUGAAAUUGAUGUAAAGAAUGGAUUUUUGAGGCUGCCAUAGAAUUGUUGUUGUAUUUGAAGCAAGAGUUAAGUGUGUGGUAGGAAACUAGGAAUGGCUUCAAAUUUGGAGCCUGUGCCUGUAACUUCACAGAAACAUGAUCCAGCAUGGAAACAUUGUCAAAUGUAUAAGAAUGGGGAUAGGGUGCAACUCAAGUGUAUAUAUUGUGGGAAGGUAUUUAAGGGUGGUGGGAUUCAUAGGAUUAAGGAGCAUCUGGCUGGUCAGAAGGGGAAUGCCUCUACUUGUUUGAGAGUUCAGCCUGAUGUUAGGCUUUUAAUGCAAGAGAGCUUAAAUGGAGCUGCAAUGAAGAAGAGGAAGAAGCAAAAGCUUAUUGAUGAGAUGAUGAACACUCAUCCUGGUGAAGCUGUGGAUCUGAGUAACCAGUGUGAAUUGAGCAGUGAAGUUGGUUUGCUUCCGGUGCCGGAUAGUCUUGGUGUGUUUGAGAGUCAAGAAGAAGGAAUGAGCAGCAAAUUGAUGGGUAGGAAGAAGAAAGGGAGGAUUAGGAAGGCGUCUUCUUCUGGGAACACUAACAUGUUGGGUGUGACAACUAGUAAACAGGUUGUGAACAACGCGACUAGGAUGAAUGAUCAAGUCCAUAUGGCGAUUGCUAGGUUUCUGCUUGAUGCCGGGAUUCCCUUUGAAGCUGUAAAAUCCUCUUAUUUCCAACCUAUGAUUGAUGUGAUUGCUUCCCAAGAAGUGGGGAUAACAGGGCCCUCUUACCAUGAAUUGAGAAGUUGGAUUUUGAAAAACUCAAUUCAAGAGCUAAGGAAUGAAAUUGACCAAUGCUCAGGCAGCUGGGUAAGAAAUGGGUGUUCUAUUUUGGUUGAUGAAUGGACAACAGAGAAGGGUAAAUCAUUGAUAAAGUUUUCAGUGUAUUGUCCGGAAGGGACAAUGUUCUUGAGGUCGGUGGAUGUAUCCGAAAUUGUAAAUUCUGGUGAUGCUCUUUAUGAAUUGCUUAAGGAGGUGGUGGAAGAAGUAGGCGCUAGAAAUGUGUUGCAAGUAAUCACUAGCAGUGAAGAGCGAUAUAUUGAUGCUGGGAGAAGACUAACCGAUGCUUACCCUACGGUUUUCUGGACUCCUUGUGCUGCUCAGUGCAUAGAUAUGAUGCUCGAGGACAUCAAAAAGCUGGAGUGGGUAAAUGCAACCCUCGGGCAAGCCAAAGCGAUAUCAAGAUUUAUGUAUAAUAACAAUAGCGUUUUGAAUCUGAUGCGGAGGCAUACUUAUGGAGUGGAUUUAGUUGAGCUGGGGGUUACGGUCUCAGCAACUGACUUUUUGACAUUAAAAAGAAUGGUAAAUAUUAAACACAAUUUGCAUUCCAUGGUUACUUCAGAGGAGUGGAUGGAGAGUCCAUAUUCAAAGAAAGCGGAGGGGUAUGCAGUGCUAGAUUUGAUAAGCAGUCAGUCAUUUUGGUCGAGUUGCAGCUUGAUAACCCAUUUGACAGACCCCCUGUUGCGCCUUUUGUGCAUAGUUUGUAGCGAGAAGAGGUCUGGCAUGGGAUAUGUUUACGCAGGCCUCUACCGAGCAAAAGAAAUAAUUAAGAAAGAACUUGGCGACAAGAAUGACUACUCGGUUUACUGGAAUAUUAUAGACCACCGGUGGCAUCUACUUCAACGCCAUCCUCUUCAUGCCGCGGGCUUUUACCUAAAUCCCAGGUUCUUUUAUAGCACCGAGGAAGAUGUACACCUUCAUUUAAGGUCACUGGUGUAUGAUUGCAUCGAGAGAUUGGUUCCUGAUCCCAAAAUUCAGGACAGGAUUGUGAAAGAAACUAGUUGUUACAAAAAUGCUGCUGGAGAUUUUGGGCGGAAGAUGGCAGUUCGAGCUAGAGAAACUCUACUUCCUGGUGAGUGGUGGGCAACAUAUGGCGGGGGGUGCCCGAAUUUGUCUCGUUUGGCUAUACGCAUUCUAAGUCAAACGUGCGGUUUGAUGAGCAGCAUGAAGGCAAAUCACGUUUGUUUGGAGCAGAUGCAUGAAACGAGCAACUGCUUAGAGCAUCGAAGGCUCAAGGACAUUGUUUUUGUGCAGUCCAAUUUACGGUUGAGGGAACAGAAGAACAGAGAGCAGGGGCCCGUAGACCCCAUUUCAUAUGAAAACAUAGAGCUGGUUAAAGACUGGGUUUCAGAGAAGGAGCUAUGCUCAGAGGAACCCGCGAGUUCAGACUGGAUGGCCGUCGAUCCACCUUUAGGCAACACACUUCUCUUUGCACCUGCACUCGACGAUUUUGAAGCACUCGGUGCAGGGUUUGGUGAUUAUGAAAUUUUUGAUGGGGUCAAAGAUAUCAAAGAUGAAAAUGGGGAGGAUACCUCAUAAACCACACUACAAUGCUCAAACACAAAAUACUAACCACAAAACAAUCUCUCUCUCUCUCUGUUGUAUCCCCCCACUGCUUAUGCCACAAAAUAUAAUGAAAUAUGAAGAGAUUGGUGACUGCUUGUAUUUUGAAAUAUCACAACUAGAGACUUCUUGCAUUAUUUUCAUUUCAUUUACUACUUUGCUAA